AUGAGCUGGAGUUUUUUAACCCGUCUUCUAGAAGAAAUUCACAAUCACUCCACCUUUGUGGGGAAGGUCUGGCUCACAGUCCUAAUCAUCUUCCGAAUAGUCUUAACUGCCGUCGGCGGAGAAUCGAUUUACUCCGAUGAACAAAGUAAAUUUACGUGUAACACAAAGCAGCCGGGCUGCGAGAACGUCUGCUAUGACUCCUUUGCACCGCUGUCACACGUACGGUUUUGGGUCUUCCAGAUCAUCAUGAUAUCGGCUCCAUCGGUUAUGUACCUGGGCUAUGCCAUCCACAAGAUUGCCCGGGCUGCCGAGCGGACGGGCGAAAACGUAGAAGAUCCUGAGGAUGACGAGGAGGAGCCCAUGAUCUAUGAGGCUCCAACAGAACCAGAAAAAGUGGAAAACAAAGACAAAGAAAACAAAAAACAUGAUGGUCGAACGCGUAUUAAAGAAGACGGACUGAUGAAAAUGUACGUCUUUCAGCUUUUGUCAAGGGUUGUUUUUGAGGUUGGCUUUUUGAUAGGUCAAUAUUAUUUGUAUGGCUUCCAAGUCUUGGCCAAUUUCCAGUGCAGCACAUUCCCGUGUCCACACAUUGUAGACUGUUUUGUGUCUAGACCAACAGAGAAGACAGUAUUUCUGCUGAUUAUGUAUGUUGUGAGCUGCCUGUGCUUGUUGCUCAAUAUCUGUGAGAUGUUUCACCUCGGAAUUGGGACCCUGAGGGACGUAAUUCGCAGCAAGAGGACUACUACCACCAGGCAGCCACCCUACAAUUAUUCAUACCCAAAGAAUAUCACUUGCCCUCCAGAAUACAAUAUGGUGGUGAAGUCCGACAAGUCCACAAAAGUGCCCAAUAGCGUCAUGGCCCAUGAACAAAACUUGGCCAACGUUGCCCAAGAACAGAAUUGCACAAGCCCUGACGACAACGUUCCAUCAGACCUCACCACCUUACAUAAACAUUUGAGGGUUGCCCAAGAACAGUUAGACAUUGCAUUCCAGAGCUAUAACUCUCAGGUCAAUGGCCAGACAUCAAGGACCAGUAGUCCUGCUUCUGGGGGGACGGUGGUGGAGCAAAAUCGGGUAAACACUGCACAUGAAAAGCAAGAAACAAAGCCCAAGGCUAGCUCAGAUAAAAGUAGUACCAGCAGCAAAGAUGGAAAAACUUCCGUAUGGAUUUAA